AGUCAAGAUGGAUGCUGACUCCGAUGGAGAUACAUUUGUUACAUACGGAACAUUGUUGAAACAGUUGGAAGACGAUGCACCACGCAAGAAACCUAUCUCCAUUGAAGAUCAGACUGUUCAUGAUGAAAAAGGAAGACGUCGAUUUCAUGGAGCUUUCUCUGGAGGAUUCUCAGCUGGGUACUUCAACACUGUGGGUUCUAAAGAAGGAUGGACUCCGUCAACAUUUGUGUCAUCAAGAAAUAAACGAGCUGAUCAAAAUGUACAAAGGCCUGAAGACUAUAUGGACACUGAGGACUUGGGAGAAUUUGGUAUUGCACCCAAAAAGAUUACAACAACUGAUGAUUUUGCAUCUGAUGAGAAAGACAAUAGAAAAAGAACAAUAGAUUCAUCAAGUAUUAUUCCAGGACUAUCUGCAUUAGAUGAACUGGUUAUACCUACAAGAACACCAAUUGGUAUUCGAUUAUUAAGCAAGAUGGGUUGGAAAAAAGGACAGGGAAUUGGUCCAAAAAUAAAAAGAAAGACAAAGAAGAAAAAUGAGAGUAAAACCUAUGGAUGUGCUCCACCACCUGACAGCAGCUCUGCUGAUGAAGAUGAAGAUGAAUAUGCAGUAGGCCACUACUUCGCUCCAAAGGAUGCUGAAACAUUUUUAUUCAAACCAAAAGAUGAUGUCCACGGUAUUGGCUACCAAGGAAUUAACCCAAAUACAGCAUUGUUAGGGACCAGGGAAAGUGAAGAACAUUUUACUUUAUUUGAGCCGAAAGCAACUCAUCAUGUUGGUAAAAAGGGAAUAUCUGGCAAGGCAUUUGGUAUUGGUGCGUUUGAGGAUGACGAUGAUGAUAUCUAUGCACAAGAUCACAUGUCAAACUAUGACAGGGUUUUAGAUGGAAAAGAUCCUACCAAGUCAUUUGGAUGGACAGCGCCAAGGCAUAAUAGAAAAGGAAAUAUUGCCGUCCAAACUACACAUGUUAGCAGGGUUUUAGAAGGUUUCACUCUAUCAGAUAAACAAAAACCACCAAAUAAAAUAUUCUCAGCAGUACCACUUGCAGCUGAUUUCAAACCAUUUCAUAGAUUUAAUAAGAUAGAACAGCCAGCUAGGCAAGUAGAUAAACUUGGUGGUAGAUUCUCACUUAGUGCUAAUCAAAGAGCAUCUAUACUUGGAGAGGAACAAUUACCCGGUCCAUCCUCUAUUUUUGAUAUUAUCUCAAAAGAAGACAAAGAUAAAUUGAAAUCAAAUACAUCAGCUGUCACUUCAUCUGUUUCCAUGCCAACAUCAGUUAGUACAUCUCGAUUUUCCUCCUCAUCCACUCCACUCUUCACUGGUAAUGUGAGUGAUUUCAAACCAUUUGUGAAUGAUCCUGAAAAACAAAGACGAUAUGAAGAGUAUUUACACAGCAGAAAGAGUGGUAUUAAAGAUAAUGAUAACUCUUCUGGCACAAUGACCGAGUGGGAAAAGGAACUUGAGAAAGAAGAGUUUGCCCGCUCUGCUGCCCUCUAUCAGCCACUGCGAGGUAUGAUGGCAUCACGGUUUACAAGUGCCAAGUACAGUGAUGAUACUGAUACGGUGGAUGUACCAAAAGAAGCAGAGGGUGAUAAAAAUGAACAGGUGAAAGCAGCUGAAAUGAAGAUGUUUGGUAAAUUAACCAGAGAUGUACUGGAAUGGCAUCCAGACCGAUUAUUGAGCAAAAGAUUUAAUAUACCGGAUCCUUAUCCAGGAUCAUCAAUUAUAGGCUUGCCAACUGUGAAGAAGGACAAGUUUUCAGUCUUUAACUUUUUAUCAUCUGGAUGGGACACUCCAAGUACAUCAGCCAAUCAAGAGAAUAGUUCACAACCUCUGCUCGCACUUCGAGCACCGCCAUCCACCAGCACCACUGUUAAUCUAUUUUCAAGUAUACCAGUCUCUAUUGUAACCUCACAGUCACCAUCUGUUGCUGAGAGCGGUGUAUCCAGUAUUAAUAGUACAGAAAUAAAAACAAUUCAGAAUGCUGAUUCUUUGGAGAGACCACCAAUGGAUCUAUUCAAGGCAAUUUUUGAGAAUACUGACAGUGAAGAAAAAUCAUCAGAAAAUGAAGAUGAUGAGGAAGAAAAAGCUUCUUCCAGUAAUCCAGAGUUGCAGAUAGAGGGAAGGUCCAUGAAAACCCUGCUGCCUGGUUCACAAUUAAAUGUUACAGAUCAACAACUCUCAAAUAUUUUUGGAAGUAAUGCUUUAUUGGAAAAUUGUGAUGACAAAAAUAAAGACAGUAUAAACAAGCAAUCAAAAGAUCUUUCCUCAGAGACAGUUGAUGACAAUUUGAAUAUGAACACACAAAAGACUUUUGGUCCUGCAUUGCCACCAGCAUAUCACAAACACUCUGAACUGACGCAAGGCUACUUUUCCUACACAAAUCCUGAUAAAAAUAUUGAAAGAAACAGUGUGAAAUUGCGAAAAGAUUCUGUGAAAGUUUUGCAAAGAAGGCAUAAACACAAAGAUAAACACAAGAAAGCCAAAAAAAAAAAGAAACACAAACAUAAGCAUAAAUCUAAGCACAAGUCUAGUCAAAGGGAGCCUGAUACAGACACUAGUAGCAGUGACGAUGACAAUGAGGGACGAAUUGACAACACUGAACUAUUGCAAAGAUUGAAAAGUCUACCAAACAAAAGACAUCGAAAGGCAUCCAAGUUAAUGUAAAGCAGAUUAUCUAAAGAGUUUGUGAAGGACUCUUCUUUUGUAUGUCUGUACUUCAUUUGUGGAAACAUUGUGUGAAAUAUCCAGCAGUGAAACAACAAUGUCUCGACCAUUCAGUGGCUUUGUAUACAGUUGAGGCUCACCUUUCAAAGCCCAUAUAUAUAUAUAGCAUUUCUGUAGCACUUGAAUUGCUCACCAGACAGGGUGCAGUAUAUGCUCUAUCAGUCUCAUUCCAUCAUAGUUUCUUUUAUUGAAGAGGAAUUGCUUGAAAUACACUUUUUUAAUC